GUGGUGGUGUAAAAAAACGCGUUUUUCCAAAUCGCGUCCGGAUACCGAGCAUUUCUCUCUUCCACGAUGGCGUCCGCGAUGGCGACGAAGCGGCUCCGGAAGGAGUACCUCGCGCUGCGCAAGAGCCCCGAGGUGAACGUCGAGGCCGUGCCAUUGGAGCGCAACAUCCUCGAGUGGCACUACGUGCUCCGGGGCAUCGGCGUCUACGAGGGCGGCUACUACCACGGCAAGCUCGUCUUCCCGCCCGAGUACCCGAUGAAGCCGCCGUCCGUGUACAUGCUGACGCCGAACGGCCGCUUCCAGGUGAACAAGCGCCUCUGCUUGAGCAUGUCGGACUACCACCCCGAGACGUGGAACCCCAUGUGGUCCGUGAGCAGCAUCCUUGCGGGUCUCUACUCGUUCAUGAACGAGACGACGCCGACGCUUGGCAGCGUCACGACCACGGACGCCCAGAAACGCAAGUUUGCGCUGGCGUCGCUCGAAGAAAACGUCAAGAACCCAACGUUCGCCCUCUGCUUCCCCGACCUCGUCGCCGCCCAAGAGGCCAUCGCCGCCCAGCAGCAAAGCGCCAGCGGCGUCCUCACGGUCCCGUCCGCCACCGCCGACGCCAAGCAGCGCCUGCCUGGCCUCUACGCAGACCUUCGGUAUUGGAUCGCCGCCGGCGUCGCGCUCUUUGCCGUCGUCCUCGGCGCGCUCAUCGUGCAGCUGUAAGGGACGAAAUGGACUGCAUCUCUU